UCUACCUCGGAAAGACGAGAUCUGCCGAAGGGAAUCGAGGAGUGCUAAUAAUUUUUCAGCCAUCUAAAUCAUUAUUAAAACGAAAACAUGCCACCAAGGAGAAAUAAUAGAAGACAAACAACGAAGGAUAAUGUAAUAUCCCCUACACAAGAGAAAGAAGAUUCUUUUCAACUUACACAUCUUGCAAGACAGCAUGGAAAUCUCAGCUAUUGUUUUAGCUGAGAGGUGGAGAAGUAUCAGCUGACAACAUGGCUGUAAUGCUGGCCAGGAACAGACUUGUGCAGUCUAUGCACCCAUCUUGUUUUUGUUGUGGUGUGCAAAAAGUCCAGUAAAGACUAAGGCAGAGGUAAAAGAAAUGCCCACAAUGGACACAGCAGAGAGUUUGGCAAUGAAGGAAGAAAUGAUUACCGAAGUAAAGAAAGAAGAAGAACCGAGUUUUGAACAUCUUUCUGCAGAAGAAGCAUUGAGGAGGGCUGUUUUGAAUGAAGAAGCAGCAUUUGAGAAAGCCACAGCUAUUAUAGAGCAAGCAAAGAUAGAAGUAGAUGGGGAUGUCCACAUGGGCGAUGCUGGAAACGAAAGAGGUGUUGAAACUGGAGAAGAUGGUAACCCAAAUCUACCAGAAAUAUCCUACAAGAACCCAACAAUGCUUCUUAAUGAAAAGAGAAAAGGUUUGACGUUUGAGCUUGUAUCUGACACUGGAGAGGGCCCUAACAAGGUAUGGACAUACAGUGUUGAGCUGGAAGGACAAAAGUUUGAUGGGACUGGACGUAGUAAGAAAGUAGCAAAACAAGAAGCUGCAAAAUAUGCUCUUAUAAAGAUGUUCAACAUCUUAUGUGUGCCAGAAGAGCAGCCUGCAAUUCCAAAUGAAUCAGAAGUGACAGACAAAGGUGAAGGGGACGCCGAUAUGCAGGGGAAAAAACGGCCCUUUCCUGGGCCCCAGGGCAAGAAUGCUAAACGACUCAAAGCUCAAGCUCAGCCAAAGAAUGCAUUGAUGCAUCUGUAUGAAUUGAAACCAGGUAUUCAGUAUACUGUGGUUUCACAGACCGGCCCAACUCAUGCUCCAGUAUUUACCAUGUCAGUUGAAGUAAAUAAUCAAGUUUUCACUGGACAAGGAAAUUCUAAGAAAGCAGCCAAGUUAUCUGCUGCGGAGCAGGCACUCAAAUCAUUUGUACAGUUUCCAAAUGCUUCUGAUGCUCACGCAGCCCUUGGACGUCAGCCUCAGAUGAAUGUUGACUUUACUUCUGAUAAUCCUGAAGUGUUUAUUCAGAAUUUUGAAGGUGCAGAUGGUAUAGAUAAAUCAAUUGCUCAAUCACAGUCCCAGAAUGGUAAUGGUCUUGGUGUGAAUGCUGGGAAAAAAUCUAAAGCUCUACAACAUCAUGAGGGCAAGAACCCUAUAAUGAUCCUCAAUGAACUCAAACCAAACCUCAAGUAUGAGUGUAUGUCAGAAACUGGUGAUAAACAUUCUAAAACAUUCACAAUGGCCGUGACUGUUGAUGGGGAAACAUUUACUGGAACAGCCAAAAACAAAAAGCUGGCGAAGGCAAGAGCGGCCCAAGCUGCUCUAGCUAAAAUCUACAAUCUUACAUUCUCAUGGGGACCUGGAGCUAUGCCUGUUAACAACACAGAGAGUGGAGAACCACCUUCAGCAUUAGCAGACCAUGUUGCCAAGUUAGUACAGGGCAAGUUUGCUGAACUUACUGAUGACUUGAAGAGUCAGUAUGCACGGAGAAAAGUGCUUGCUGGUAUGGUGAUGACACGUGGUGAGGACCUGUCACAGUCAAAGGUGCUAUGUGUAUCAGCGGGAACAAAAUGUAUAAAUGGCGAGUACCUCAGCACUAGCGGGUUAAGUGUAAAUGACUUUCAUGCUGAAAUUUUAGCACGCAGAUCAACUAUAAGAUUUCUGUAUUCUCAACUGGAAAAAAUGGCUUCCAAUGACCCUUAUCAGAUAGAAGACUCUGUGUUUGAGAUGUGUGAGAAAGGUUGUAAGCUUAAAGAUGAUGUAAAAUUCCACUUGUACAUCAGUACUGCACCAUGUGGUGAUUCCAGAAUAUUUUCUCCACAUGAGAUUCAGCAAGGAAGUGAGAAUGAAGGGGGAGAUAAACAUCCUAAUAGAAAGGCCAGAGGUCAGCUUCGAACAAAGAUAGAGUCUGGAGAGGGGACGAUUCCUGUCAGAAUGGCAGUUGGUGUGCAGACCUGGGAUGGAGUCAUACAAGGAGAAAGGCUGUUAACUAUGUCCUGCAGUGAUAAAAUUGCUCGUUGGAACCUUCUUGGCAUUCAAGGUGCCUUGCUGGGCCACUACAUUCAGCCUGUGUAUAUAGAGAGCAUCAUUCUGGGCUCUUUAUACCACAACGAACAUCUAGCACGAGCUGUGUACGGACGUCUGGCAAACAUGGAAGGUAUUACUAAGCCUUACUGCAUCAAUAAACCCAACCUCAGUGGAAUCAACAAUCCUGAGCAAAGGCAACUUGGCAAAGCCCCAAACUUUGCUGUCAACUGGUGUGAUGGAGAUGAGGGCCUUGAGGUGAUCAACAUGACUACCGGAAAGUUGGAACAAGGAACAGAAUCCAGGCUUUGUAAACGAGAAAUGUUGAAACGUUUCUAUGCAUUACAAGGCAGAAUAUCAACUGUUACUGACUUGGCUAAAAUUCCAAAUAUAUCUUAUGGAGAGCUCAAAGCAAUGAACGUUCAAUAUCAGGAGAUGCGAAAUAAACUCGUGGAACAUUUUAAGAAGUCUGGUUAUGGCCAAUGGGUGAAAAAGCCUGUUGAACAGGAUGAGUUCUUGUAUUCUACAGACCAAAGAGCAUAAUUCUUCAUCUUCAUCACGCAUUGUAAUGUAAACUGUACUUGAAACAAAAGAUUUCAAAAGUCACUUUAUGUUUGCUCUCAAGUUUGCCUUGUUUGCAACAUAGCAGUUCCAUUUUAUUUUUUCAUUAAAACAAACUUACCGAGAACUUGUAUAACAAGUAGAUUUUGUUGCUAUAUUUUAAUUGACCUCAUCAUAAUAUGUCUUUUAGAGUUAUGGCCACUGAAAGAGGCCUUAACUGCCAUAUUUUGCCUCAAUUUGCAUGGUAAUAGUUUUAUUUUAAUUUUAUUUCAAGCAAAAACAGAUUCAGUGCCAAUAUAUCUUUGACUGAUCUCCAGGCCACGUGUUCACUUAGAUUUAAGGAUCAGGAUUAAAAUUAAAAACAAAGAUGAAAAAUAUUCCACAUUGUUUAUUCUCAUAGAUUUACGUGAAAAAGCACGUUCAUGAGAUUUAGAAUAAAUUUAUUAUUAUUUCACAAGAUACGGGCAAUUCACAAUUGAAUUUAAUCUUAAAAUUGAUAUGAUAAUUUUGAUUUAAUUUUUAGCCUUAUGUGGUGAACUUCAGUUUUAUAAAGAAAUGAAAAUAAAAUCAGCACAUUUGAUUCUUAUCCAGAUUUUUUCUGAGUGAACUGUAUGGGCCUUAAUACAGCUUGUAUUAUAAACAUAUUUUACCUUUUACAAUUUUUAAAAGAAAAAAUGUAAGAGUCCAUUUUUAGCUCGACUUUUCUAUGAAAAGGGGAGCUAUCCUACUCGCCCCGGCGUCGGCGUCGGCGUUGGCGUCACACCUUGGUUAAGUUUUUCGUACCACCCCACUUUAUUUCAGAAGUAUUACAAGUAUGGCUUUGAAACUUACCAUACUUGUUCACCAUCAUAACCUCCAUCUACAGACAAGAGUACAUAACUCUGUCAAGGUUUUUGACAGAAUUAUGGCCCUUUUUUGACUUAGAAAGUGUAUUGAGCUUGGUUAAGUUUUUUGUACCACCUCACUUUAUUUCAAAACCAUUGGAGGUAUUGCUUUGAAACUGACCAUACUUGUUUACCAUCACGACCUUCAUCAACAGACAAGAGGACAUAACUCUGUCAAGGUUUUUGACAGAAUUAUGCCCCUUUUUGACUUAGAAAAUACAUUGAAUAUGGGUAAAAUCCACUUAUUGCCUUAACCCUUUGAGAUAUUGCUUUGAAACUUUUAAUGCUAUUUCACAUCAUUACCCCCAUCUGUACGCAAGAGAAGGUAACUCUGUCAAGGAUUUGUUUUAAAAAUUAAGGCCUUUUAUCGACUUAGAAUCUUGGUUAAGUUUUUAGUACCAGUCCACUUUUUGACUGAACUGUUUGAGAUAUUAAUUUGAAAGUUGGAAUACUUGUUUACAAUCAUGAUUCCCAAACAUGUCCAGGAGAAGGUAAUUCUGUCAAAGAUUUUAUUUGAAUUAUGGCCCUUAACUGUCAAUGUUUUGUAUUAUAGGCAAGCACUAAAAAACUUAAAAAAUCUAAAAAAAUUCAUUCCUAACCACUUGUUCACUUUACCAUAAAUUAUGUCAUAUAAACAUUGCUGUAAUAUUCAAGGGUAUCAAACAACUAGUUAUUUUUCUCUUUUUGUACUUGAAAUUAAAAUCAGUAGUAUAUGCAUAUUUCACAUUUUAUCUCGCCUAUUACUGCAAAAACUUUUUUUAUUGGCAAGCAAUAAAAAAGUCGAGCGCGCUGUCUUACGGACAGC